AUGGAUCAAACGUGUAAGAAUUCUAAUAUGAUGGUACUAAGCGGUGGGUCCCCCGGGCUGCGAGGUACCACAUUGGCUACUGGGGAAGAGCGCAAGGAUAAUCAUAAUAGCAGUGGUAUUGAUGACGCGGAUGGGACAAAUCCUUCUGGACACCUGCCUGCUGAUGUAGCUAACAGCGAACUGCGCUGCACAAAAGUCACGAAAAUUGGAACAUGGAACGUAAGGGGAAUGAACAUUGGGAAGUUGGACACCAUCAAGAAGGAAAUGAAUCGGUUAAACAUCGAUAUCCUAGGAGUCAGCGAAGUUCAUUGGACUGGCAAUGGUUUCUUCAACUCUGGUGAUCAUACAAUGUACUUUUCGGUCAAUAUUAAGACCAGACAACAUGGUGUGGGAUUUGUUCUAUACAAGAAAAUAACCAUGAGCGAUCGAGUGAUUACCAUUCGCAUCAAAGCCAAACCCAACAACAUCACAUUGCUACAAAUGUAUGCACCAACUGCCGACGCUGAAGAAAAUGAGAUUGAACAAUUCUAUGCAGAAAUUCAGAGCCGCAAUCGAGGAAACACCACGAGCAGAUGUUGUGUAUAUUCUGGAAGAUUUCAAUGCCAAAACUGGAGAAAGGGCAGAAGCAGACAUCGUUGGCAAAGUUGGAUUAGGAGAACGGAAUGA